AUGGCUCCGGCAGCUGACCGGGAGGGUUACUGGGGCCCGCCGACCUCCACCUUGGAGUGGUGUGAGGAGAACUACGCCGUCUCCUACUACAUCGCCGAGUUCUGGAACACAGUGAGUAACCUGAUUUUCAUUCUACCUCCAAUCUAUGGUGCGAUUCAGACCUAUAAAGAUGGCCUUGAAAAACGGUAUUUAGCUGCAUAUUUGUGUCUUACAGCUGUGGGAUUAGGAUCUUGGUGCUUCCACAUGACCCUGAAGUAUGAAAUGCAGCUGUUGGAUGAACUGCCAAUGAUAUACAGUUGUUGUGUGUUUGUCUACUGCCUGUAUGAAUGUUUCAAGUACAAGAACACAGUCAAUUAUCCACUGCUUUUCUUGUUAAUAACAUACAGCUUCGUAGUCAGCAUAGUUUACCUAAAUUUGAAAGAGCCUGUAUUCCAUCAGAUCAUGUAUGGAACACUAGUUUCCAUUAUAGUUCUACGAUCUGUUUAUAUAGUAUUAUGGGUAUACCCAUGGCUUAGGGGUCUAGGCUAUACAUCUUUAACUGUAUUUUUAAUGGGAUUUUUUCUCUGGAAUGUGGACAAUAUUUUCUGUGAUAAAUUGAGAGCACUACGAGAGAAGAUGCCUCCUGUUGUGGGAGCUGUAACACAGUUUCAUGCAUGGUGGCAUAUUCUCACAGGCCUGGGCUCUUACCUUCAUAUCCUGCUAAGUUUAUACACAAGGACACUUUUCCUGAAACACAGGCCAAAGGUGAAGUUUGUUUUUGGAAUAUGGCCUGUUCUUCUUGUGGAGCCGCCCAAGAAGCUUUGACUGUGAGACCUAGGCAGUCACAUGCGAUCACCUAGCCUGGCUGAAUAAAGUGAUUCAACAGUUACUAUGGCUGAAGUGUCAAAAUUAUGGAUCAAUUCAAGUACCAUUGCUAUAAAAGGACUUCUCUGUGUUACUAGGUCAGCCAGCCAGAACAGAGCAAAGAGCUGGCACGCUAGGGAAAUAAUGUUUAGUACAGCUUUAUUCUAAGUUGUUAAAACAAAGAUUAAGACACAAUAUUUUUAUGUAUAUAUUGUAUAGCUGAUGAUACUGAGCUAAUAUUUCGUGCUGGUCACAGAAAACUAACCAUUUUUGAAGUGGAUUGCAUACGUUUUUCAUUCAGUUGUUGUUCUUUCUGUCAUUUAAACUAAUGUUAGUAACUGAAUGACAAAAACAGGCCAUUGAUGGCCAAGCUAAGCAUUUGUGUGGCCUGAAGUGAACUGAAUGCUUAACCUGAACUACUUUAAUCUUGCACUUUUAUACAAUUAAUGAAGUAUGUAAAGAUUGAUUUAGGGCUUUAUUCUAUCUUGCUUUUCCACAGCCUCCUUUGCAAUUUAUAUUUUAAGUGAAACGGUUGGGAUACCUGUGCCAUUUAGUUGAUUUUGUACCAAGCUUCCAUUUUCUCUUAGUCCAACUGAGGUACAUCGUGGAGGAUGUUCCAGGGUGUGACCGGCGGAAGACACUUAAGAUGGUGAAGCAUUAUAGGGGUUCUGGUUUGUGUGUGGAAACUGAAUUCCUAAUUUGUUUGACCAGUGAUCUAUCAAGAGACUGCAGGGUGACUGUAUAAACACAAGAAACACUUUUUUUAUUUUUUAUAAUUAUUAUUUACAUGUCUCCCUUUUCUAUCCAUACUUUUUACUCCCCAUGUCCCAUUCACACUAUAGAUUGACAAACACCUUAGAUGUGUGCUAGUUCAGCUUUGAAUUCAUCUCUUUCCCUUAUUUUACAAGUCUUAAAUAUUGGUCUGACUUUCAGAAGCAUCUUAUUAUUCAGAAAUACUGAAGAAAGAGUAAAGAACAAGAUUGAUGUUGAGGAU